CUAGCAGCUGUCGGGUUGUGUUACAAUAAGUGUGUGACAGCCCGGAGCUAAACCACCACUAACUUCACAACACACCGGCUGAGCUCCGGGAGGCUCGAUUCAGCGGUGACACGGUCGUGGUCCCCCCCGGGAGAAGUGGUCGCUCACCUGGGUGCUGGUGUCGCUAGCCUCCCCCUCUGCUAGCUGCUAGCUGCUGGUUCCCGGAGUAAACACUGGAGUUGAGUCACCGGAGUGAACCGGUGAACGCCUGCAUCGCCUUCAGCAGCAGUUAUGUGGCAGAGGAGGAGGAGGAGGAGGGGGGGAGUCACCACCGAGGCACAGCCACAUGAUUGUUCUCCUCUUCUUCCUCUUCUUCUUCUUUCGGCCUCUUCCUCAGUCCAGGAGCCGGGACACAGCUCGGUUCUCCCCGGUAGCUGCAGCCUCCUCCUCGGGAACUUUCACUCCUCUGUCAGACAUUGAUGUGGAUCCGUGGAGGGAAGUCAGGGAUCCGGGAUUGAGAUUGUGAGUGAUUUCCGGGAGCCAGAUCCCAAACAGAGGUGCUAUUGAUUUCCAGCAACAGUAGCAGAGUGGCGGCCGUCCAGGGAGACGGACAGAGGAGGAGUUUGGAAAGUUAACAUCACCAUCACUCAGUGGGACUCAUGCUCACAAAGGUCUCCUCCUCCUGAUCACACUCUGCGGAAGGCAGCAGCAGAGGUUUGGAUGCAGGUUGUCUAUUGGCUGCUGUGCCUUGGCCUGGCAAGUGCAGCCGCUGUGCUGCAGAGGGACCAGGUGGCCAAGAAUGCCAUCCACCUCUACCGGAGCAAGGGGGUCAAACAAGGCCACAGCUGGGUGGCCAACAACUGCAAGCGCAUGGUUGGUCUCCUGCGUCAGAAGAAUGUGGUUGUCAAGAAGCUGGCUGCCGCUGCCGAUGCUGUUGGAAGAGACCUGGCGCUGUCGGAGUCCGAGAGGCACUUCCAGGUUCACACUCUGGAGGUUUUCCAGAAAGAGCUGAAUGAGAGCGAGCACCUGGUGUUCCAGGCGGUGCACAGCCUGCAGAGGGCGCUGCAGGGCGACUACAAGGACGUGGUGAACAUGAAGGAGAGCAGCAGACAGAGGCUGGAGGCCCUCAGGGAGGCGGCCAUAAAGGAGGAGCAGGAGUACAUGGAGCUGGUGGCUGCAGAGAAGCACCAGCAGGAGGCUGUGAAGAGCGCUUUGGCCCAGAACAAGACUCUGUCCAUGCUAGAUGAAAUCCUGGAGGAUGUCCGGAAGGCAGCAGACCGACUGGAGGAGGAGAUCGAGGAGCACGUCUUCGACAACAACAAACAGAUGAAAGGAGUGAACGUAGAGGCAGUGCUGAGAGUGGAGGAAGAUGAGGAGAACGGAGGGAAGAGGAAAAACAAGUCCAGGCACAAGGAAGUGGAGGAUGACAUGGGGCUUAGCAUGCUCAUCGACUCGCAGAGCAACCAGUACGUUCUGACUAAACCACGAGACUCCACGAUGCCGAGAGUUGACCACCACUUCAUCAAGGACUUGGUGACCGUGGUGAUGCUGUCUUUACCUUGCGGCUGGAUCUGCUCUUUAGUAGGUCUGCCUCCAAUGUUUGGAUACGUCAUCUGUGGGGUCCUGCUUGGUCCUUCUGGCCUCAACAGCAUCAGGUCGAUGGUGCAGGUGGAGACUCUUGGGGAGCUGGGUGUGUUCUUCACUCUCUUUGUGGUGGGACUGGAGUUCUCACCUGAGCGCCUUCGAAAGGUUUGGAAGACGUCAGUUCAGGGGACGUGCUACCUGAGUCUGCUGAUGGUGGGGGCCGGUUUGUUGUGGGGACAAGCCUUGCAUAUUCGACCCACCCAGACGGUCUUCAUCUCCACCUGUCUGUCCCUGUCCAGCACUCCACUCGUGUCCCGCUUCCUCGCAGGAGGGAGCAGAGUGGACAAAGAAGGUGACUCGGACUACAGCAGUGUUCUUCUUGGGAUGUUGGUGAUGCAGGAUGUUCAGCUCGGCCUCUUCAUCGCUGUCAUGCCGACUCUGAUCCAGGCACAGAGUGGAGACAUGGACAGCCUCCUGUUUGAAGGCCUGCGCGUGCUGUACCUCCUGCUCCAGGUCCUGGUGUCCCUCGCUGCCGUGCUGCUGCUGUGUUUGCUUCUCAAGAAAUUCGUGAUUGGUCCGUAUUACAAGAAGCUGCACGCUGAGAGCAAAGGCAACAAGGAGAUCCUGGUGCUUGGGAUGGCAGCGUUUGUCUUUUUCAUGCUGACGGUAACGGAGUAUCUUGACAUUUCUAUGGAGCUGGGCUGUUUCCUGGCUGGAGCGUUGCUGUCCACACAGGGUCACAUGGUCACCACAGAGGUCACGGGAUGCAUCGAGCCAAUCAGGGAUUUCCUCGUUAUCAUCUUCUUUGCCUCUAUUGGUCUCCACGUGUUCCCGACGUUCGUGCUGUAUGAGCUCACCAUCCUGCUGGUGCUCACAUUCACUCUCGUCAUUAUGAAGUUUUUCAUGGCUGUGCUGGUGCUCUCAGCGAUCCUACCUCCGGGCUCUCGACACAUACGAUGGAUCGUCUCAGCCGGACUUGCGCAGGUCAGCGAGUUCUCCUUCGUCCUGAGCAGCCGUGCACGUCGAGCUGGCAUCAUCUCCAGAGAGGUGUACCUGCUGAUUCUCAGUGUCACCACUCUCAGUUUGCUGCUGGCUCCGGUGCUGUGGAGAGUAACCACACACAGAUGGGUUCCCCGGGUCGAGCUCAAAACAGUCCCAUGAACAGAGAGCGACCUCAGGGCCCCAGCGGCCCCUGUGGGCACUGACUGUUACUCAGCCGGCAGCAGCGUCACGAGGAGCAGAAGUCAAGUCUUAUUAGUCCAUUCAGGAACUCUCUUAUUUUAAUGCACAUGAUAUGACGCAGACUGUUGGACCAAAUGUUUCUCUUUCUCGAUUCAGCAGAAUCAACCCUCUUCAUGCAGGGCGAGGAUCUUCAUCAGUUCCAUUCUGGCAUUGUUAUGAAGGACAUGUUCUUCAAGCAUGUACACUAGGUACAAUAGCGAUGAGAUUAUUGUAUAAGGUCUUAUUUAAAACACAUAACGUGUAGUUGUAGGUUAUAUUAAUGAAGCCCUUCACUGUUCAGUCAACAACCCUGAAGCCUUUUCUUAAUUCUUAGAGGAGCACAAAGAACUGGAUAACCCCCCCAGCUCUGAUGCUUUUAAUGCACCUGAUCUUGAAGAUGUGCAAACGAAAGAAAAGAGAAAAAAGCUUCACUCUCUCUGUUGACACUCAUUCACGUUUGCACUUUGAACCUCACGCUUGCCUUUCUUUAAUUGUGUCAAUCACAUGGACCAAAUCUGAGGUUUCAACUGUAAAUGGUGUUUUUCUUUUUAUGUGUUGCUACAUUUCCUUGAUAGGAGGAUUUAAGACAUCCUCCAUCUUUCCUUUAGUUGACACUACAGCUGACUCUAUUCAAAUUGAGCUUAUUAUGAAUGGCAGAUUCAGUUUCUGAUUGAAGUGCAAACCUUCUCUCUGCUGUAGUUAAUAGAGGAUACAUGUAUUUUAAUCCUGAUUCUAUGUCUGUCCAUACAGGUGUGAUACCUAAAAUCUGCAGUUACUCUUUUUAAAUAUCUCUAAUGUCUCGUUGAAAAUCAUGGUACCAGUCGCAUCAGUAUUAAAGGAAUGAAGUUAAUCAAGUAAUCUGAAUUUAGACAGUACCUCACUUAAUGAUUUAAAUGUCAUGUGAAUUUAUUAAUUUGCGUUUAAAGAGACAUCCUGCACUGGUUACCACUGAAUGUCAAAACGAAUAAGCUAGCUCAUCACUCUUCUGCAGCAGCAGAGGAAAGACUGUAGGGGGCGUCAUCUCACCGUUAGAGCUCCUCUGUGCUGUAUCUCACACUGUACGUGUCCUUGUCUUACGAUUCAUAAUGUGCAAUUUUAAUGUGUGUAACACUACCACAUGUUACAAUUUUUUGUUUUCUGAUAUUUUCCUGCAUUAGAUUUACAUAGAGGGUAUUUUAGUUUACGUGUGUGUGCCUGGGCACAAAGACAUGUUGCAAUCAAAAUGUUCAUGUAUUUUUUAAAUUAUUGAG